CCCAAAGACGUGACUCAGUCAAGUACCUCAAAUAUUUAUGCUCGAUCUCUAAAAAAUUGUUAUACUUUUAUUUUAGUCUGUCUAUCUUACAUUGCUCAAAUCCCAUUACCUCUAUACUUGAACCAAAAUGAGACUAGAAGAGCGGGAAAAAUAGGAGUCCAAUUUAUUGGACAAGUGAUAAAACAAACGUGGCUCAAAUUCUUACACGAUGGACAAAAUAAUACUCUACACAUCUCUUCUUCAUUGGUUUUGCGUUCCCUUUAUUUUUCUUCACCCACCCAAACGCACAAGAAUUUCUAGCUUUUUUUCUGUGCAUCAAUGGAGGUUUUAAGAGCCACUCUACCAUGGUGUUGGUCUUCUUCUAUCUCAAAGCCCCCUUCUUUACAAGCCAUUCCUCAUUUUCAGGGUUCAGAAAGCAGAAGAUUACGUCUAUGGUGUCUCAGCAAACAAAAUGAAUCUGAUCCUUCUUCUAAGGACAAUCAAAUGGUUGUAUCAAUAACUGGCGCUACGGGGUUUAUUGGUAGGAGAUUGGUUCAAAGAUUACAUUCAGAUAAACAUCAAGUUCGUGUUUUGACGCGAUCCAAAUCUAAUGCUCAACUAAUUUUUCCUGUGAACAAGUUCCCAGGCAUUGUAGUUGCGGAGGAGCCAGAGUGGAUUGACAACAUUAAAGGUUCAAAUGCAGUUGUAAAUUUAGCUGGGACACCUAUCAGUACAAGGUGGUCUCCAGAGAUCAAGAAGGAUAUAAAGGAAAGCAGAAUCAGGGUCACUUCUAAGGUUGUUAAUAUAAUAAACAACUUGGACGCUGAUACUAGGCCCUCUGCUCUGGUCAGUGCAACAGCUGUUGGUUAUUAUGGAACAAGUGAGACAAGGGUAUUUGAUGAAAAAAGUCCAUCAGGAAAUGAUUAUUUGGCUGAGGUUUGUAGGGAAUGGGAAGCCUCGGCUCUCCAAGUCAACAAGGAUGUAAGACUAGUACGUAUUCGCAUUGGGGUGGUUCUCGGAAAAGAUGGAGGGGCUCUUGCCAAGAUGAUUCCCAUAUUCAUGAUGUUUGCUGGUGGACCUAUUGGGACCGGAAAGCAGUGGUUUUCUUGGAUCCAUUUGGAUGACAUUGUAAACCUUAUAUAUGAAGCAAUACGAAAUCCAGCUUAUGAAGGCAUUAUCAAUGGAACUGCUCCAAACCCUGUCAGACUAGGAGAGAUGUGUGAUAAUCUCGGUGAUGUCCUAGGCCGGCCUUCAUGGCUCCCUGUGCCAGACUUUGCACUCAAGGCCGUUCUUGGCGAAGGUGCUUCAGUUGUUUUGGAAGGGCAAAAGGUUUUGCCGGUUAGAGCUAAGGAAUUAGGCUUUAUGUUCAAAUAUCCAUACAUAAGGGAUGCUUUGAAAUCUAUCUUAUCAUCAUAGAAAUGAACAAAACAACUUUCCUGAGGAAACUGCCUAUUCUUCAAUUUUUUUGGAUGAACAUACAAAAAAGUAUGACACAUUCUUUUUUUUCCCCAAUUGUAUAGCAGGCAGAGAAGUGUGUUUGUGUUAGGCUUCUCGCCUUGUUGUAGAUCGAUAAACACUCUGAUAUGAAGGCUUAGCGAUGUGUCUAAGCGCUCCUAGGUGAUUUGUUGAAAUUUGAUGUGAUUUCUUUUUUCAAUAAUCUGUUGAUCGAACGAGAAGUAUACAUUGCUUUUGCACCUCUUAACUGCGAAA